AUGGUCUUCAUAGUGGCAUGGCUGCAAGGUCUGCAAUUUGCACCCCGUGUCACCGCUUACCACAGCCGAGGCAGCCUGAGUCACGGCUGCGACAAACCGACAGAAUUGGAGCUAUAUAUACACAUCUUUUCGCCUUCCUCUCAUCAUGAACUGUUUCCGUUUUCGUCGAGAAUUUUGAGCUCAAGGACUUCGUUUGCUUUUCUGGCCCUGGCUUUGAUAUUCUUUGCCUCAUCGCUUUUCGCUUACGGUGUCGUCGUGCUCAACGACGACAAUUUCGACAACAAGGUCGGACAAGAUCGCGGCGCUCUCGUCCAGUUCUACGCUCCCUGGUGUGGGCACUGUAAAAAGCUUGCUCCUGAGUAUGAGAAGCUUGGCACAAGUUUCAAGAAAGAAAAAUCUGUUUUGAUUGGGAAGGUGGACUGUGAUGCACACAAGAACAUAUGCUCUAAAUAUAGGGUUUCUGGGUACCCCACGAUUCAGUGGUUUCCUAAACAGUCCCUAGAACCCAAGAGGUAUGAAGGUUCUCGUACUGCAGAAGCCCUUGCCGAUUUUGUGAACAUCGAAGGAGGGACUGUCGUGAAGAUCACUGCAACCCGAUCCAUUGUAGUGGUACUAACGGCACUCAGUUUUGACGAGAUUGUUCUUGAUGUAACUAAAGAUGUUCUGGUUCUGUUCUAUGCACCCGGGUGUGGACAUUGCAAAGCCCUUGCUCUUAUAUAUGACAAGCUUGCAAAAGCAUUUAAAUUGGAGGAAGAUGUGGUAAUUGCUAAUCUUGAUGCUGAGAAGUACAAGAGUUUGGCUGAAAAGUAUGAUGUCAGUGGAUAUUCCACACUGAAGUUUUUCCCAAAGAGCAACAAAACUGGUGAAUCUUAUGACGGUGGCCGAGAUUUAGAUGGCUUCAUAGAUUUCAUUAAUGAGAAAAGUGGCACUUAUCGUGAUGGGGAAGGAAAACUUACAUCCAAAGCUGGUCUAGUUGCCACUUUGGACAAGCUGGUGAAGGAGUUUUUGAGUGCUGGAAGUGAAGAGAAAAAGGCCAUAUUUGCCGAGAUAGAAGAAGAAGUUGGGAAGCUCAAGGGUUCAGCCACCAGAUAUGGAAUUAUUUACUUGAAAGCUGCCAAGAACUUUUUGGAGAAAGGUUCGGAGUAUAUCAAGAAUGAAAUACAGCAGCUUGAGCGCAUGCUUGAGAAGGUGGACUGCGAUGCACACAAGGACCUAUGCUCUAAAUAUGGGGUUUCUGGAUACCCCACAAUUCAGUGGUUUCCUAAAGGGUCCUUAGAACCCAAGAAGUAUGAAGGUGCUCGUACUGUGGAAGCCCUUGCUGAGUUCGUGAACAGGGAAGAAGGGACCAAUAUGAAGAUAGCCGCAAGCCCGUCCAACGUAGUGGAACUAACUCCAGACAAUUUUAAUGAGAUUGUCCUAGAUGAAACUAGAGUUCUGGUUGAGGUCUAUGCACCCUGGUGUGGCUAUUGCAAAGCUCUUGCUCAGACAUACGAAAAGGUUGCCACAGCAUUUAAAUUGGAGAAAGAUGUAGUAAUUGCUAACCUUGAUGCGGACAAGUACAAGGAUUUGGCUCAAAAGUAUGAUGUCAGUGGAUAUCCCACGUUGAAGUUUUUCCCAAAGAACAGCAAAGCUGGUGAAGAUUAUAAUGGUAGCCGAGAUUUGAAUGACUUAGUAAAUUUCUCUAGUGAGAAGUGUGGCACAAGUUGUGAUGGCAAAGGGCAACUUACAUCCAAAGCUGGUAUAGUUGCAAGUUUGAACAUCCUAGUUAAGGAGUUUUUGGGUGCUGGAAGUGAAGAGAAGAAGGCAGCAUUUGCCCAGAUAGAAGAAGAAGUCAGUCAGCUUAAGGGCUCAACAACCAGAUAUGGGAAGAUUUACUUGAAAGCUGCCAAGAACUCUAUGGACAAAGGUACCGAUUAUGCUAAGAAUGAAGUUCAGCGCCUUGAAUGCAUGCUUGAGCAGUCUAUCAGCCCAGCGAAGGCAGAUGAGUUCACUCUCAAGAAGAAUAUUUUAUCUACCUUUGCUUGAUCCGCUGGAGGCACUUCUUUCCAUUUUGCUUGGAUCAGGUAUCAGCAACCAAGUUACUGGGUUUCUAUUAUUGAGUUUUUUGGACUCGGGAAAUGUUACUGUUUCUGUGAACCUUUUUCGUCACAUUUUGCACUUGUUAAAUUUACAAUUGUAGAACAGAAGAAAAGGGUAGCCAGCAUACGAUCAACAGGAAUACACACUGUUUUUGCAUUUGAAAUCCGAUUUAGCUCCUUUUGGGACACGUAGGCAUUGAUUGAUAGACUGUUUUGGCAUAUUUUCUUGUUUGCAUUAUCGUUGUGUUCCCGUCCAAACAACUGUGAAGAGACAGAGCCUUCUGUGUAAAAUUGAUAGGAAGCUCAUGACAAACCAAAAAAAAAAAAAAAAAUUCAGUAAGAGUGUAAAAUAUAGAUCCAUCCAUUCAGAAUAAGAUUGAAGAAGAGAUGUGGGCGAAGGAUCAUCCAGAAGACAUCAUAGUGAAAAUUCUCCUACCAAUGUGGGUCAAAUUAGUGGGAGGUAACUGGAGAUAUGGCCGAUACAAAUUACCGGAAAGGAUGCAAGCUGGUAAAACGAAAAUCUUGUUGUCCUUACUGUGUUUG